GCAAGUAUUUGCGCCGAGCAUUUGGGAAGUGUAUGAUUGUGUACUGAUCUAGCGUCUGGCCAGAAUUGUUUUGUACCUGUAUUGAAUAUACUUUUUUCUCAGAUUCAGAUUAAAAGUGAAAACACAUUGAAGAAACCAUGUCUGUAAUAGGCAAGCCUGUUCUGUAUUCAUAUUGGAGAAGCUCUUGCUCCUGGCGCGUCAGAAUAGCUCUGAACUUAAAGGAGAUACCAUAUGACAUCAAACCUGUAAGUUUGAUAAAGGCUGGUGGUGAGCAACACUGUAAUGAAUACCGUGAAAUAAACCCAAUGGAACAGGUGCCUGCUCUUCACAUUGAUGGACACACGUUAGUGGAGUCACUCAAUAUUAUGCAUUAUCUUGAAGAAACCAGACCUUCCAGACCUCUGAUGCCACAGGAUGUUCACAAGAGAGCUAAGGUCCGAGAGAUUUGUGAAGUGAUCGCAUCUGGAAUUCAGCCUUUGCAGAACCUUAUUGUUCUUAUAUAUGUUGGUGAAGAAAAGAAAAAGGAGUGGGCACAACACUGGAUCAACAGAGGUUUCCGAGCGGUUGAAAAGCUGUUGUCUGCGUGUGCUGGCAAAUACUGUGUUGGUGAUGAAAUAUCCAUUGCAGACUGCUGCCUCAUUCCACAAGUGUUCAAUGCGCGAAGGUUCCAUGUUGAUUUGCGACCAUUCCCCAUUAUAUUACGGAUUGAUCGUGAACUCGAAAACCAUCCAGCAUUCCGCGCGGCCCAUCCAUCUAAUCAACCAGAUUGCCCUCCUGAAGCCACAAAAUGAUCAAAGCCUGUGUGCUGCCGAGAGGUGCCAAAGUAAAGUGAUACAGGAACAAAAUUCUUAAUAGGGGUUGAUGUCAGAGGGAACAUUUGUUACUGUUCCUUGAAUACACUGGCUCCUUAAACCAAAAUGUUGUCGGCCAUCUCUGAUUGAAACCUUGCAAAUGAAAUUAAACAUCGAAUUGUAAAGCCCAUUACAACACAGUUGCGUAAAAUAAAUUUUAAGUUGCUAGAUCAGAUUGUUCCAAGUGUCAAUAUUGAAAUGAUGAAAUUUCAUUAAGUAACAAGCCGUAUAUUUAACCAAACUCCGUGACAUUUUGGUAUAUUAAGUUCCAGAAAAUAGGUAUUAACAUGGACAGUUGGAUCAUUCUAUCUAGAUUUUAGUAUGGACAAUAUAACUGCAGUCUUUAAAAAUCCACUUUUUUAUUAGCACUUACAAAAGCAAGAAACAUUAUAAACUCCAUCAAAAAUGACGUAAUGUUUUAUGUAGCCCUUUCAUGUUUAACAAACAUACACAGCAGUAUUCCCCAAUAACAUUAACUCAUUUUUGUUCCCCGAAAGUUUGGCCAGAGAUAAACUGAGAAAUUCCUCAUAUUUACAACAAAUAUAACAGUCAAACAAUUAAAUACUAAAUACAUUUAUAAAUUAUCUAGAAAUAUAAAUAUCGACUUUACCUGAGGAAGAAUGUGACAUACACCAAAGGUGUUUUGCUUGUCAGAUUAUUUAUAUUUUUCAUCACAUAAGGAAUGCUUUUCUAAGAAUUUAAGGAGUGAAAUUUUAUGCUUCAAUUUUUAUCCAGUCUGUAUUACUUUUCUUAAAAUUGGCAUAUUUUCGUAUUCAAAGCAACCUGUAUUGAAAACAAAAGUGCAUAUUAAAUAAUCUGACAAAGCUUAGAAGAUGCAUGCAUGGAAUUAAAUUUAAAUGCUCAGUAUUUGUUGUGUAAUGUUUUUUUUUUUAGUUACAUUGUUAGCGAUAGUUUUAUUGCAUUUAUUAGUGUUUGUGUAUUAGAAUUUGUGCCAAUUUCGAUGGCAGCCCUGACCGACAUUUAAGAAAUGUGUGAAUUGACCCUCUACUAGAGAAAAAUCUUGGAUCACCAUAUUCGGAAGAGUUGAAUCUUAAAAGUGUUGCAUUUAUGUGCCAAUGAAUGAGUCUGAACAGUGAAUGGACAGUACCAAAUUGUAGCUUCCAUAAAUUAAGGUUACGAGCUUUUGUGCAAGUCAUGUUCAUAUUCUAAGACCAUUUACUAAAAAUGUGUGUGCUGUAUAUAUUCCAUUGUGAUUUUAAUUUUGAAAUUAGGUAGUAAUCUUUUUAUUGUUGCAACUUUCUUGCACCUGAUAUUGACAUAUAGCAAACAGAAGACUGUUAUUCAUUUAUUUUUUUAUUAGUGGUAAUAGUAUGCUUGAGAUAAAAUUUUGUGUGAAAGCUUCUAGUUACUGGCAGUGUCAUACAUUUCAGAUGCCUGUUUGAAUAUUGCACGUUAAUGAUGUAAGUGCUACUAAAAUCACUGUUUGAUGACAGGUACUGCAUCUUUUAGUGACUCUUUUAAAAUGAAUUUGCUCAGAUUAUUUUAAUUUGAUUUUUUUUCUGUGCAAGCCUGUUUCAUUUGUAAAUUAUUAUCCACGAGGUAAAUGUGUACAGUCUACGAAAUAGUCAUGGAAUUAUAAUGGCCUAGGUAUUAGGUUCAAGUACAGUAUAAGUAAAUUUUGAAAUACUGUGUAGUUGCUAAGUAUAUAUUUUUAGAAUGUUUGCUUAAUUUGCUAGUAUUUCUUUUGCUCAGAUUUGUUUUAAGUCGUCUUUUAAGAAUAUGUGUCUUGAUGCUAUUUAGAUGAAAUGGAUUGAAAUGGAUUUGCAUUAGCCGAACACCACCAGAAGCAUCACUGUCUGAGAGGAAAUGUUAGGUUGUGCUUAAUGAAAUGUGCAGUUCGUUAUGCCAUGGAUUUAUUGAGAAUGAACCAUGAUUUACAUUUUGAUUGAAUGAAGUUGUUUAGUAUAAA